UUUGAGACGUCUGCAGUCCUUUAUAAACAGCCUGCAGUCUCCUGCUCUGGUAUGUUUAGGUUUGUUUUCAGUUUAUUGAGAAAUCCGAGUCUCAUUCAGCACUGUGAAAGAAAGUGAUUAUUAACUGGACCUACAAAGUCGUCUGUUUAACUGAAAAGAAACCUGAAAUUACAGUGUUGUUACUUUUCCAAAACUGAAAGUGAAACUCUGAGCAUUUGGACUGGAGAGAACAACAACUGCAGUAAAAUAAAAUGGCUUCUAGGUUUUCAGAGGAGGGUUUCUCCUGUCCUGUGUGCUGUGAAAUAUUCAAGGAUCCUGUUGUUCUGAGCUGCAGUCACAGUGUGUGUAAAGUGUGUUUGCAGCAGUUCUGGGAACCCAAAGCAUCAAGAGAAUGUCCUGUUUGUAGGACAAAGUCAUCACUAGAAAAUCCUCCCUUAAAUCUGGCCUUAAAGAACCUGUGUGAGACUUUCUUACAGUCAGAGAGAAGUCAGAGAUCAUCAUCAGGAUCUGAAACAGUCUGCAGUCUGCACAGUGAGAAACUCAAACUCUUCUGUCUGGACGAUCAACAGCCGGUGUGUGUGGUGUGUCGGGAUUCAAGAAAACACACCAACCACAAAUUCUGUCCGAUUGAUGAGGCAGUAACAGACUGUAAGGAGGAGCUCAGAACUGCACUGAAGCCCAUACAGGAAAAACUGAAGAUCUUUACAGACUGCAAACUGAACUGGAGUCAGACUGCAGAACAUAUAAAGAUUCAGGCCCAACAAACAGAGCGUCAGAUUAAGGAACAGUUUGAGAAGCUUCACCAGUUUCUACGAGAUGAAGAGGCGGUCAGGAUCGCUGCACUGAGAGAGGAAAAGGAGCAGAAGUGUCAGAUGAUGAAGGAGAAGAUUGAGAAGCUGAGCAGAGACAUAUCAUCUCUUUCAGACACAAUCAGAGCCAUAGAAGAGGGGAUGAGAGCUGAAGACGUCCUGUUCUUACAAAACUACAAGGCCACAGUGAAAAGAGCCCAGUGCACACUGCAGCAUCCAGAGGAGCUUUCAGGAGCACUGAUCUAUGUGGCAAAACAUCUGGCCAACCUGAAGUUCAGAGUCUGGGAGAAGAUGCAGGACACUGUCCAAUACACACCUGUAACUCUGGACCCCAACACUGUUCAUCCUAAACUCAUUGUAUCUGAUGAUCUGACCAGUGUGAGACGCAGUGACGGGAGACAGAAACUUCCUGAUAAUCCAGAGAGAUUUGAUGAAUAUUGCUUUAUUCUGGGCUAUGAGGGCUUUAACUCAGGGACACACUGCUGGGAUGUUGAUGUUGGAGACUGUAGAUACUGGGUUGUGGGUGUGAUGACAGAAUCUGCUCAGAGGAAGGGGGAGAUAUACUCCAGAAGUGGAAUCUGGGAUGUGUGGUAUUAUGAUGGUGAAUAUAGAGCACGUUCUACACCACAGAAACCCACUCCCCUCUCAGUAAAACAGAAACUCCUGAGGAUCAGAGUGAAACUGGACUGGGACAGAGGAAAACUGUCAUUCUCCGACCCUCUCACUAACACACACAUACACACUUUCAAACACACAUUUACUGAUAAAUUACUGCCAUUAAUAUAUGUUUUUGAUAAAGAAUCUUCACUAAAGAUCCUCCCACUUCAGUGCUCUGUAAGAGUGAAUCAGAUCAGUUAGAGCUCAUAUUGUUUUAUUUCAGGUUAUUAAUGAAAUAUUCCAGAUUAAAAGAUUCAGAUUCUGUAUGACAGUUUGUUAAACGUUGAAGGCACUGAACAGUUCAUUGUGAAAAGUUUAUUAAAGUCCUGUGGCGUUAUUUCAACUUUGUUACACACACACACACACACACACACACACAUAAAAAUACACAAGAGAUUUUGAUUAGGAAGAAAUAAUUGAACAAAGACAGGAUGUAUUUCUGUAAGUCUAGAAACUAAAUCCACAAAUUAAAAAGACAUUGUACCUGUAACUGAGAGUAAACAGCAUACAGUUUAUCUAAACAGAAAACAUUCAAAGUCCAUAAUGUUUUUUCUUCUUCUUUUUUUUUCUUUUUUUUAAAGCCCAUAAUCGAGCUACCAUUUAAGUAGCUUUUUAAAAGCAAAGAAAAAGUUUGACAUGUUCCUAAAGAUCUUUAUAAGUUUAACCCAGUUAGGAUUAGUAAUUAAGUUGUACUUGAUUUUAACCCAGAUAAGGAUACUAAUAAAGUUUUGUGUGAAUAUUUUCUAGAAGAA